AUGCUUCAAAAAUUAGAAGAAUGCACAACUGGCAGCGGUAAUGGUACAACGACGACAUUACAUACUCAUACUCAUAGCACUCCUUUGAUUACCAGAUGUCAUGAGCCUGCAAUUGUUCAACGUUCCGAUUUAAGGUUAUCUUGUGGUGAUCAUAUUGGGCGACAAUUAUAUCCAUUUACUUCAUCAACAGCUCAUCCGGUACUAUCACCUUCAGUAAAUCCGAAAUUCCCAAAAUCCACGAUACAACAAAACCAAUAUUCUAGCAAUGAUGGAAUGGAUUCAUUAAGUCUUUCAAAUGAUUCUCAAACAAGUACAUCACUUUGUGAUAUAUCAUAUAUGGUACCACCAAAACCACCUCGUUAUGGUAUCAGUGAUAUACAUGCAUUGUCCGUUUUAUCGGAACCAUCAAAUGCUAGAAGUAUCACUUCAGGUGGUAUAACAUCACGUCCGAUGCACGAAUUAUCGAAGUCAAAAAAUAUUAAAUUAUCACCACAAUCCACAGCACUUGUACUUCAUGAACUUAGUAGUAAAACAUUUACGCCAGCUACAAAUGGUACAACUCAUCAAGUUCGAUUACGCAAGGAUCCAUCAACGAAUAGUUUUGGAUUUAGCGUAUCUGAUGGUGUUGGUGAUAAUGCUGGAGUUUUUAUCAAUGAAAUUUUACCAGGUGGUCCAGCAGAUCGAUGUGGACAAAUUUUGCCGUAUGAUAAAAUUUUACAGAUAAAUGACACAUCACUGCAGUAUUUGGAUUGCGAUCUCGCUCUUCCUUUACUUCAGGUAGACGAGAUUGAAAUGGUGCUUUACCGAGAAGCUGAUCAAUCCACAAAUGUUGUAGAAGAUGAUGAUGAUGAUGAAAGCUACCGUAAUAGCGUCAAUUUAAGUUUGCGUUAUUCAGCCGUAUAA